GGCCCCUUGCAGUGCCUAUAUCACGGAAACUAUAUUUCUCACUUACUGCUCAACUCCAUGUCACAGUCAUCUGAGAACCGUGUGUGCAAUUUGCGAUGCUUUGUCACAGUCAUCCGAUCAUGCUGUUUUCGACCUACUGACUGGAGCUAAAAAGCAUAACAAAUUUUACUCCCCUUCUUCUUCUAAAACUCCCACUACUCCCCCUUCCCCCUUCUCUCUCCCCUCAGCCUCCUUCACGGCAGUAGCUCGCAAAACAGGCUACCAUGUCGCUUCCUGAACUCCCCUCUACCGUCAUCGCACUUAUACUUGGCAAAACAGACGACCUGCAAGAUCUAGUCAACUUGGUGUGCUCAUGCCGCGGUACCUACGAAGCUUUCGAAACCUACACUUUUGACGCUCUCGUGGCGAGGCCCACGCUGCUGAGGGAGCUACCCUUCGCCGUCGCUGCACAGCACUUCACGUCCACCGAGAGUGUUGCUGAGGAACGCAGCUGGCGUGAUGUACAAGCUUUUGUUGACGACAUGGUCCGCAGUCCUGAGAAGAUGUACGACGAACUGAAUCGGAUGCGGAGCUCGGAACUGUUGAACAUGUGCAAGACAGCGUACUUUGUGCAAGAACUCGUGGGCGAUAUGGGUAAUGUAUUCCGGCAGAGGCUGAAUGUUGCAAAAGAUAUUGUUCUCACCGAGGAAGCCGGUCCUGGAAUGAGCCCCGAGUACUUCAGCUACGAUAUCAGAGGACUUUCCAGCAGUGAGCAGUCUCGCUUUCUGACAGCGGUCUACCGCACGGAGAUUCUCCUGCAAGCUUUCAAAGCCCAUGCUGGUAUAGCCACGGCGAUGAUGUGCCACGCGAGGGCGUGGUUGCUGAACAGCUUCUCAAUUAUUGAGAUUGAGCAGAUUCAGUGCGUGUAUGCCUACCUGGAGUCCAGGUUUGACGAAGACUGCGAUCGAAUAUUAGACAAAGAUUUUGGGUUUGGUAUAGACGAUCUCAUUGAUCUCACUAGCGACACGAUGGAGCAGCGAUGGAUUUCACAAGGCUGUGCUUUUGUUUGCCAACUCCGCCGAGUUAAUCGCCAGCGUGCGAGCGUCAUGCUCUUGUCAAAGAUCCACGCGGACAGCGCAUCACCAUACCUUGCUCUGAGCGAGCUCGGCAACUGUUAUCGAACCUGUAACAAUUUGACAAAGCCUCGUGACAAGCUGGACCACGUUGAGGGUCCUGUCAGCGCUUAUUAUCAAGCGCACAAACUCAUGCCGCUCAUCAUUUUUGACUUCAAAAAAUAUGAGCUCCGGCUAUAUCCGUCGGCCUUCGACCCCCGAAACUGGGCACUGUACUGGGUAGGCUACGUCCCAUGGGAUCACAGACGGGUGAAGGACUGCAAGCUCUGGUCCAUAGCAGACUGGAUGAGGGCGCAAACACACACUUGAAGUCACUCGGUAAGAAGGUUGAAAGUCUACGUUGGAACGCGAAAUAUUCACGCUUGACUCCAGUCUAGAGUCGACCUUACCUUACCUACUAACUUACUCCGUACAUGUAGUCCGU